AUGUUUGCUGCUGCUUUUUUCCUCUUAUUUUUGAUGACUCAUCAGCCUGGGAUAACCAUACAGGAGAAGGUGAACUGGAGAGUCAGUCGGGCUGUUGAGAGUUUCACCCCCACAGCUGUUUCCUGCCAGUUGGACAGCUGGGCAGAGUGGACAGACUGCUUUCCAUGCCAGGACAAAAAGUACAGAUACCGGAGCCUCUUGCAGCCAAACAAGUUUGGGGGAACCAUCUGCAGUGGGAAUGUCUGGGACCAAGCCAGCUGUCACAGUCCCACAGCUUGUCUGAGUCAAGCACAGUGUGGACAGGAUUUCCAGUGUAAGGAGACAGGUCGCUGCCUGAAACGCCACCUGGUGUGUAAUGGAGACAAGGACUGCCUGGAUGGCUCUGACGAGGACGGCUGUGAAGACGCCAGGAUCUCGGAAAAUGACUGCAGCCAGUAUGACCCAGUUCCAGGAUCAGAGAGGGCGGCCUGGGGGUAUAAUAUCCUGACCCAGGAAGAAACUCAGAAUGUGUAUGAUGCCAGGUACUACGGGGGCCAGUGUGAGACUGUAUACAAUGGGGAAUGGAGGGAGCUUCGGUAUGACCCCACCUGUGAGCGUCUCUACUAUGGAGAUGAUGAGAAGCACUUCCGGAAACCCUAUAAUUUCCUGAAAUAUCACUUUGAAGCCCUGGCAGAUACUAAAAUCUCUUCAGAGAUAUAUAAUGAUGCAAAUGAUCUUCUUACUAAAGUAAAAAAUGACAAUUCUGCAUCAAUUGGACUGACCAUUGGUGUGAGCCUUAAAGGCAGCCCAGUCAUGGUGACUGCAGGUGUAUCCACGUCACGAAAUGCUUCCUUCUUAAAAAAGUUAAGCAAGUAUAAUGAGAAGAAAUACAUCUUUAUGAGAAUUUUCACAAAGGUGCGGACUGCUCAUUUUAAGAUGAGGAGGGAAAACAUCAUGCUGGAUGAAAGUAUGCUGCAGUCACUAAUGGAGCUUCCAGAGCGAUACCAUUAUGGCAUGUAUGCCAAGUUCAUCAAUGACUAUGGCACCCAUUACAUAACGUCUGGAUCGAUGGGUGGUGUUUAUGAGUAUAUCCUGGUGCUUAACAGAGAAAAAAUGGCAACAGCUGGUGUUACCAGCAGUGAAAUCAAGAGAUGCUUUGGAGUCUCUUUGGGCAUUGAGUAUGAGCAUACAGAGGAGACAGAAAUUGGAGGACGUUUAUCAGUAGGACCCUGUGAAAAAUCUGGAGAUGCUGACAACGAGAAGGCCAUGGGAGUGGAAGAACUCAUUUCUCUGGUGCGCGGGGGCAGCUCUGGUUGGGGAGGUGGCUUGACGCAAGACAGCAGCAUCAUUAUGUACCGUUCCUGGGGAAGGUCAUUAAAGUAUAAUCCUGCUCUUAUUGAUUUUGAGAUGAGGCCGAUCCAUGAGAUCCUGCGGCACACGAACCUGGGGUCCCUGGAGACCAAGCGCCAGAACCUGCGGCGGGCCCUGGACCAGUACCUGAUGGAGUUCAACGCCUGCCGCUGUGGGCCCUGCUUCAACAACGGGGAGCCCAUCCUCGAGGGGACCAGCUGCAAGUGUCAGUGUCCCGUGGGUCGCCAGGGCCUUGCCUGUGAGCAGGUGCAGUCAGAGGGAGCCAAGGCGGAUGGUCGUUGGAGCUGCUGGAGCUCCUGGUCGGCUUGCAGAUCGGGCACCCAGGAAAGGAGGAGAGAGUGUAACAAUCCCGCACCCCAGAACGGAGGUGCCUCAUGUCCAGGCCACAGGGUGCAGACCCAGGCGUGCUGA